AUGUCUAAAAUCCAAGUUAAAACUCCAAUUGUGGAGAUGGAUGGAGAUGAAAUGACUCGUAUCAUAUGGCAUCUAAUCAAAGAAAAAUUAAUAUUACCAUAUUUACAAAUUGAUAUCAAAUAUUUCGAUCUUUCCAUUCAAAACCGUGACGCUACUAAUGAUCAAGUAACCAUCGAUGCUGCAAACGCAACUUUGAAACAUGGAGUCGGUGUGAAAUGUGCAACCAUUACACCAGAUGAGGCAAGAGUAAAAGAAUUCAAUUUGAAAAAAAUGUGGAAAUCACCAAAUGGGACCAUUAGAAAUAUCCUUGGGGGAACUGUAUUUAGAGAACCGAUUAUCAUUCCGAAGAUUCCAAGGUUGGUCUCUAACUGGGAGAAACCAAUCAUUAUUGGAAGACAUGCUUAUGGUGAUCAAUAUAAAGCUACUGAUUUAGAAAUUCCUCCUAAUAAGGAUAUCAAAUUGUUGAUUCAAGACAAAGCCGACAAGGAAGAUUCAAAGAUUAUAAAUGUGUUUAGUUUCCCUAAUGAUGGUACUGGUGGUAUCGCAAUGGUUAUGUAUAAUACAGUAGAUUCCAUAAAAGGAUUCGCCAAAGCAUCCUUUAUAAUGGCUUUAAAAAGGAAAUUACCAUUAUUUUUAGCAACUAAGAAUACUAUUUUGAAAAAAUACGAUGGUAGAUUCAAAUCAAUUUUCGAUGACAUGUAUCAAAAUGAAUUCAAAGAAAAAUUUGAGAAAUUAGGACUAACCUAUGAACAUCGUCUAAUUGAUGAUAUGGUAGCUCAAAUGUUAAAAUCUAAAGGUGGAUUUAUCAUUGCUAUGAAGAAUUAUGAUGGUGACGUACAAUCAGAUAUCGUUGCUCAAGGAUUCGGUUCAUUGGGGCUGAUGACUUCGCAAUUGAUAACUCCAGAUGGUAAAACUUUCCAAAGUGAGGCAGCACAUGGUACUGUAACAAGACAUUAUAGACAAUAUCAACAAGGUAAACCCACCUCCACGAACUCUAUUGCAUCUAUCUUUGCAUGGACCAGUGGAAUCAUUCAAAAGGGGGAAAUGGAUGGAACUCCAGAUGUUGUUAAAUUUGGUGAGUUAUUACAAAAAGCUACUAUUGAUACUGUUCAAAUUGAUAAUAAAAUGACUAAAGAUUUGGCUUCAUUAUUAGGCCAACCAAAUUAUGUCACUACUGAGGAAUUCAUAUAUGCGGUUCAAAAAAGAUUGAAUAAAUAUAUCUCCAAGACAUACCAUAAUCAUCAUAGAUGCAAACUUUAA